AUGGGGGUCAUUUUACUACUUCACCUUGUUCUCGGUGCCGUCGCACCGUCCGUAGCCAAAAUUGGAAUGGGCAUUACAAAACAUCCAGAAUCAGUAACAGCACCAGUCGGAGAUGAAGUUACCUUUGAAUGUGCGGUAGAGGUGCCCGGUGAGAGGUUGACGUGGCGGUGGAAGCCCGCAGAUAGUCUAAAAGAGGACUGGAGGGAGGUGGAAGGUGUUAGUGAUAAAGACAACCUCUUUACUAAGUUAGUGGUAGACGUGAAGGAGGAUACGCCUAAUUCAUUAUACCAGUGUAUAGCUUGGUACGGCGCAAUCAGCGUUGUGUCCAUUCCUGCUCGGCUGUCUAUCGCGAGAAUGGAUUUAAGCAGAAAUACACCAGAGAAGAGGGUCAUUGUUGCACCUCUACACAACACUAUCGUCUUACACUGUAAGGAGCCGAUAUCUGAUCCCCCCGCAGUCUUAAACUGGUGGAAAGAAGAUGGAAAGACUAAAAAGCAUUUGGACACGCCGCACGGUGUCCUCGUGCUGCACAACGUGACGACGGCUGACAGCGGUGUGUACGGAUGUACGGCCACAAAUGAACUGAGUGUGCAGACUGUGGAGCUACCAGAAAGGACUUAUUUGAAAGUGCAACAUGAAGGGAACGGUGGUGAAAGGUUUUUAGAAACGGAAGAAUAUGUUGGUACAAGAGAUCCUGAUAGUGCACUAACCAUUUCGGUGAAGAUAAACGGAACCUUGCGUCUAUGGUGUGGCGCAGUGGGGACUCCGCCCCCGCGCGUGCUUUGGACUCGAGACGGAGUAAAAUUCUCAAUACGAGAUGCGCUUUUUAUACAGCCCUUUACGACGCACGAUGAGGGCGUAUACUCCUGUUCGGCUAACGGCGUGAGUCGUUCUUGGAAAGUGGUAGCGCUCCUACCUCCACAUUGGGAAGGGACUGCUGAGAGUGUGAACGCCAGCGAAGGUGGAAGCGCCCGAAUUACUUGUGGUAUACCUCAUGGACAACCACGUCCUACCGUACAUUGGCUGCUCAACGCCGAGCUGAUGAGAAACAGCAAGGGCAUUAAGACGAAUGAUACCGAUCUUUACAUAGAACACGUCGAGAAACGUCAUGCAGGCAUUGUGCAAUGUUUCGCGUGCAAUACGCUAGGCUGUGCUUUCGACGCGGCCAUGCUAACCGUCGUGCCGGUACAGAUAUCAGAUCAGGACUAUUCAGCGGAGACGCCAAAAAUACACGUACCAUCACAAACACCAAAGCGGCAUAACAAGAAAAACCCAAGAAAACAUAAAGCUGUAAUGAUACCUCCGUCGCGUCCGAAUGUCACGCGCAUGUCGGACGAGAGCGUGAUGGUGUCCUGGUCCAACGCUAAAGAAGGUCUUCCUAUACAAUUUUUUAAGGUUCAAUACAAGGAAGUUAGUAAUUCAAGCAACUCCACCAACUCUACAAAUGGGCAAUGGCACACUGCCAACUACGAUAUACCUUCCUAUAUACACGCUUUUGAAAUCGAUGGUUUGGUUCCCGACAGAUACUACAAGUUUAGGAUAGCAGCUGUAUACUCUAAUCAAGAUAACAAACUGGGCCGAAGCAGUCCGCGUUUUUAUCUACAACGCGGAGGACAAAGUCCUCGAGCUCCGGUACUCACGAAAGCAACAGCUACAUCACCGCACAGCAUACAUCUUGAGUGGACGUGGUCAAGUUCUGGUGGCGUAGAGGCAGAGGGUUUCUACGUGUAUUACCGAGCAGUUUCAUCAGCGGGCGCCUAUGAGAAGGUGUCAGCCAGUGGCGAUGCUAGAGAACUCACACUCGAUCAUCUCGCACCCGAUACUGCAUACGAGCUCAAAGUCCAGGCGUAUAAUGCGCAAGCGCCAUCAGAUUUUAGUGCUAUUUUAGACGCAAAGACGCACAAAUCGAGCAGCGCGGCCGAUACGUCGACGGAGCGGGCGCGCGCAGGGGCGGGUGGAGGAGGGGGCGCUGAGCCGCCCGCCGCGCUUGUCACGGCAGGCGGUGCGCUCGGCGUCGCCGCCAUCCUGCUCAUCCUGCUUGUCACACUGCUGCUCUGCCGCCGCGCCAAGCGACCCAACAAAGAAAAGGGUUCAGCUCCUGAUACGGGAAGCGGUAACGGCUACAUGCCGGCUAAAGUGCCCAUCACUAUCACAGCCAACCCCAUGCACGCUGAGGGAGGCGAAGCAGGUGUAGAAAUGUCGUUCCUGCACAACAACAACACUGGUAGCAGCGAUGAAACUUUAUCACAUUCGAGGAAAAACGGACCAACACGACAAUACGUGUAG